AUGUCGGCUCAAUGUGAGAAAGUAAAUUCUACUAGUCCAUCCUGCGAGUUUGGUCCUAAAUUAAAGCUGUUGCGGUCCAAUGAUCAGGUCCGGGAACUGCAGACCAUACUUAGAGACAAAAACACAAGUCGAACGGAUUUCAAAUUUUAUGCUGAUCGUCUAAUUCGUCUUGUCAUUGAAGAAAGCUUAAACCAGUUACCAUUUGAUACUUGUAUGGUUAUGACGCCUACCGGUAAUUACUACAAAGGUACCAAAUAUCAAAGAGGUAACUGCGGUGUCAGUAUUGUGCGUAGUGGAGAGGCUAUGGAGCAAGGUCUGCGAGACUGUUGUCGAUCGAUACGUAUUGGUAAAAUAUUAGUAGAGUCAGAUUCAGAUACUCAUGAAGCUCGUGUAGUUUAUGCUAAAUUUCCUCAUGAUAUAGCUGAUAGGAAAGUUUUAUUAAUGUAUCCAAUAAUGAGUACUGGAAAUACUGUUAUUAAAGCAGUGAAUGUGUUAAAGGAACAUCGAGUGGCUGAAGACAAUAUAAUUCUAUCAAACUUAUUCACUACACCUAUUGCUGCUCAAACUAUUACCACAGCAUUCCCAUUGAUGACUAUACUAACAUCAGAACUUUAUCACAUCGCGCCCAACCAUUUUGGUCAAAAAUAUUUUGGUACUGAUUAA